CUUAAUCGGAGCCGGCAGACCGGCUGCAGCAGAAUUCCACAACGCCUAUAAAUCCAGAGCUCCUUUCAAAGCAAUUUCUCAGUUCAAUUGAAUUGAAGAAUCAACGUUUCCGAUCAAAAGCAGAGGCGGAGGGGAAUAUUCUGAUGAGGCAAGCAGGAGCAUAUUCCGGCGUGACGUACUGGAAAACAGGGCCGCACUCGCUGCCGUUAGCGAGAAUCAAGAAGAUCAUGAAGAAAUCCGGCGAGGAUGUGAAGAUGAUCUCCGCCGAGGCGCCGAUCGUCUUCUCGAAAGCUUGUGAACUGUUCGUCGAAGAAUUGACGAAGAGAUCGUGGAUGAUUGCGAUGCAGAGCAAGAAGAGGAUGCUUCACAAAGAGGAUGUCGCUUCCGCCAUUUUGGCUACAGAUAUUUUCGAUUUUCUAAUCGGAUUGAUCUUCCAUGAAACCACCACCGCCGCUUCCGCUUCCGCCGCCGCCGAGCUUCCUGAAAGUGAAACUAUGUCCAUUCCCGUGGAGAUGAGCCCGUUCUUGCAGUCCUGAAAGGAUCGGAAAGUUAAAAGACUCUUUUCUGUGUUUGUCUCAUGAAUUUUCAAUAAUUUGAUUCUGAAAUUUGUGGUUCCAUUUAUUUGAA